GAAGAGACGAGCUCUUGUCACAGUUUCAACUUGUUCUGAUGGAAAUCGCAAUAUGAUAUUCAGAUGAAAAGCUCAAAACUUUGAAAUCGGAUAAUUAAAUGUUACAACGAAAGUUUGGUUUUUUAUUAAUUUUGAGUGUACGUAGUCGGAUUUAGCUUGAGAUGUGUGAUAAACGACGUCGUUUGAAGCUGGAGAGACACAGACCUCUCCUUUCGGAGUUUGUCAUCAAAUACAGCCUUCCGACGCUUUCUCCAUCCUUCUUCCCCGUAAAACUCUUUUCCUUUGUUUGUUUUGGAAACAGAGUCUCAAUGAAUCUAAGCAAACAUACUUGAGAAGAGAGACGAAAAUCUAUGAUGGGUUUCACUGCUCUGCAAUCGUGGAGCAGAGGAGCUUCAACUUCUGUUCAUCUCCUUCGUCCAGUUUCUUCGAACCCCAAGCUGUAUGAUGCUCGAUCAGUACAAGCAAUCAAGUUUUACACUGUUUUUAAGUUUGAUGUAAGAGCCUCUUCGAGCCGUAAAUCACUUAAGAAACUCAGAAGAGAAUCUCAACAAGGUAAAGACAUAACCAGAAGAAAUGUUACGGAAGAAGAAGUAGCUCAAGUUUCUUCUCCAAGAUUUGAAGAAGCUCAAGUUGAUAUUUCAACUUCAAAGGACUCCAUUGAUGUUGUUGUUGCUCCUAGAGGCAAAGUGCUUCAGGCGUGCACUGUAACUUCCGGUUUAAUGGCUGCGUUAGGCCUGAUCAUCAGGAAGGCGUCUCAUGUUGCUUCGACUGAAGGAUUACGAGUCCCAGACUGCUCUACAGAUUUACCAUUUGGUUUUGAAACUUGGCAUCUCGGGUUGAUUGCUGGAAUCGUUGUGUUAAUAUCAUCAAGCAGGUUCUUGCUGCUAAAAUCUUGGCCAGAUUUUGCUGAUUCAAGUGAAGCAGCAAACAAGCAGAUCCUUACUUCUCUUGAACCUCUAGAUUACCUUGUUGUUGCCAUUUUACCUGGAAUUAGUGAGGAGAUGCUCUUUCGAGGUGCAUUGAUGCCUUUGUUUGGAACGAAUUGGAACAAUAUUGUUGGAGUUGGACUCAUCUUCGGUUUACUUCAUCUCGGCAGCGGAAGAAAGUAUUCUUUUGCAAUUUGGGCAUCGAUUGUCGGUAUAGUCUAUGGUUAUGCAGCGGUUCUGUCUUCGAGUCUUCUUGUUCCGAUGGCGUCACACGCGCUCAACAAUUUGGCCGGUGGUUUGCUCUGGCGAUACAGUUCCAAGCUCAAGUCGUUGGAGUGAAAAUUACACAAAUUUGAUAAAAGGGGCUUUAAAAAAAUUUGUACAAUUUUAUUGGAUCGUUUUGUGAAAUAUUUGUAGUAGAAGGUGAUUACCGCAAUUUUAAUGUACCAGCGUCUGUGACAGUCAGACUCCCAGAGGACAAAGUGAAAAUAGAUCUCUAUAAAUUAAUGACGUGUAAAGUCACAAAAAACCAAAUCAUAAAA